AUGACUGCAGUUCGCUCGGAACGGUGGGGUCUUUCUUCGGAUCUCACUCGUCCCCUCAAACUCGAGCAGUUGCCUCCUGAGACCUUACAGAACGUUAUCAACUACGUCGAUAUUCAUGAUCUUCUUACUGUACAAACCCUCUCGAAGCGAUUCCACUCUUUGGCUAGCAACGAACUAUACCGCAGUCUCGACUUCGAUAUAACCUGCAUUGAGACGGAAGAUCGGGGCAAUGUUUCUUCUAGGGUUGCUGAUGCCCUUCAAACAAUCAACAUAAGCGACUACAAUUACGCGCAGCACAUCAAGAAUUUCCGCCUGGGACACACGAUGGCCCGCGGAUCAUGGAUGUCGAGGCCAAGCUAUGGAGAGUCUCUACUUCGCCUUCGCACCGUAUUCGAUUCCAAAACAGAUGCGAGCAAGUUAUUGAGCACUUCUAUCUUGCAGAUGAUCAGGCAGGCUUCAAUCUUGGAGUGCUUUAUGCUGCCAAACCUCCGCCGACUGCACGUGAGGAUAGAUAUCAAAUCCACUGACAGCGCCUAUUCUCACAUGCCGAUUCCUGCAGUGCCACCGGGACUACCAGCCCCUUAUCCGUCCGAUCCCCUGGGGCCACUGCCGAAUUAUUUACCCCAGACUUAUGCUCACAAACGCAAAAAGAGGCCUGGGUCCUCUUUCUGGGCAGGACAGAGGGCAUUUUCAGGGUUUAAAACCUUAAAUGCCCUAAAUAUCAUUGCACUUUGCAACCUAGACUGUAUUCCUGAACUACGGCAGUGUAUCAAGGCAUGUUCGGCCACGCUGAAAAACCUGACUCUCACGCUUGAUCUAGAGUAUACUGCAAAGUUGCAAAGAUCAGGAAAUCCUCCAGCAAAUGAGUUGGAGGAGCUUCUCUCUGACACGGAACUCACGGAAGAUGAGAUCAUCUACAGCCCAGCCUCUCCAGCGGCGCAUGGUCAACAAGUAAUGAGUGAAACUGAGCGUCGCAAUCAAAAAAUGGCUUUAGACGGCCUGCUCGCAAGCCUGUUCGACCUUGAAAUCAUUGCUCCAAAGGGGGCUAAAUUAGAGAAGACGAUGGGCUUGGGCGGUGGCCAAUGUUUAUUGGAAGAGGAAAAGUCAGCCACAAUUACCAAAAUGGAGAGCGUUAUGCGCUCCUUACGUGAGGACGAACAACCAGGAGGCAAAAUCAGUCUAUCGGAAAAAGGUCGCUUAGAGAAAUACAGAAUGAUGAAAGAGUUAGCAGAGCUCUACAUCUCUAAGCAUGCUCCACGGCCUGCCAAAUCUUCCAGAGUUGAGGUUAAGAAGACUGCUCCACCUGCAAAGUCGUACAAGCCUCCUAAGCCAAAGGCACCAAAGUACCCAACCCCAAUACCUGGAUCUGGGAAUGUCCUUGAUACGUUCGACUUCGAAGAGUUUCUUGAUGAUGUUGGAGCCUCGAUGUCGAGUCCCAUGAGCCUCGACUCCGCGAAAGGAGGCUUCAGUACAAAGCCAUGGGCAACACCUCAAAAUAGCUACCAGCCGCACCCGAAUUAUCUACCUGAAACACUCCCACCUCCGCCCAUAAGUGGAGUGACAAAUGCCUCAAGUAAUGCGGCUCUUCAUUCCUAUAAGUGGGGAAAGCUCUUGGAUAAAAAUAGCCCAUUUGGGCCAUCACCUUACCUGGAGCCCGACCUCCAGAACACGGCAUCUUUUGCUCCCUCGCCAUAUCUUUCUUCCACAGCCGACAAAUCGUUUUCGAAGCAGGCAUCAGUAAAGAAUAAAACCAAACCAAAGAGUAAUGGUAUCAUUCCCCCGUAUUCACACCCCUACCCCAAUGGAACGAUUAACCCGAUUGAUCCAUUCUCGAGCCCGUUUUAUAAGAAAGCUCCCCCUACAAGAGCAAAGGAAAUGGCUCGGCCUGGAAGUCUAAUGACACCAAAAAUUACGCUCACAGCUCUUCCGACUCAGAUGACUCCAUUAGCUCUCAUUGCUCUGAUCUGGUUGGGAAAGCACCAAUUUUCGUGGCAGAAGAGAGCAAGCCUUUGGAUGAUGGAAUAG